AUGGGGUCUUUGGAAGCCGCACCUAGGCACAGAGACCCUUUACCUGCCAUCGGUUUCCUAGGCAAGGACGGUUCGGGUUAUCCCCACUCAAGCGUCGCUUCUCCCACCUCUCUACUCAGUCCUAACAACAUGUACGCCGGUCAACCGUUACCCUACUCCUACGCGCCACCGAACACCAAUGCGCCCCAACCUGGAUACAUCUCUCCACCAGAGUCGCGUCGAGUGAUCGAAGAUGAGAAGGACAAGGGUUCGAGACAGUCGCUGCCUUCAAUUCACGAAGCGUUGGGCAAGGACAAUCAUCUUCCAUACCCUGCACCAACCUCCGCACCACCUCCACAAUCCGGUCACGCACCACCACCUUCACAUCUCAUCGGCCGAUCAGGAGAGGGCCCGCCCGGCCCUCCUAACCCAUUCUCUAAUGGCCCCGCCACCGGGUCCUUGAUGCGAGAAUCCGGUUACCCUCACCAGAUUCAGCCUGAAGCGUCGAGGAAUAGCCUUGGCUCCAUCACCACACAAGAGUCGAGAAAUGCGUCGCUACAUUCCUUGAGCACGGGCAAGUCUCCGACUCAAAGUGCCAAAACCGGUAUCACUUCGGUCUCAGGGUCACAAAAUUCCACCUACGACUACAGCGCGCCGCCAUCUGCUGGCAGCGUGGCUUCCCCCAAUGGCUACGGCCACUUCCCUCCCAACUAUUCUUUCCCGCCGAGUGGCCCGUCAUACCCUCCUACAUCCUACGACAAUCGCGCAUAUAUGGGUGCGCCCCGAGUGGAAGAAGUCAAAGGCGGCUUUGUGGGCCGACCAGUUCCUCCACCACAUAGUGACUCGGUGAAGCGACAUCUAGAUGUAUUUGACGUGGAGACGUCUCUAAAUGAGAUCGUCGAAAUGAGCACACGAACAUUGGAGUUUUCACGGCACUAUGCAGCACGAGCUCAUCAAACACAACGGUCUGGACCGGUUAUGGGCUCGCUUCCCUCGUUGAAUGAAGUGGAGGACAUUCUCCACAUGCAGCGUCGGAACCAAGAUGCCUUGAUUCGGAUACGAACGGCCGUUGUAAACCAGGAACAGGCGCUAGCGGAGAUGGCCCAGCGCAAGGCUUACAAGCCCGAAGACGAACACAUGGCUGGGGCCAUGUACCAGGAGGAUUUCAAGGGCGUGGGUGGGUUCGCUGGGGCGGACUCGAAAAAACGGCGCGGAAAAGCGGCCCCUCCUGGUCGUUGCCACAGCUGUAACCGAGCCGAAACACCAGAAUGGCGUCGGGGUCCAGAUGGUGCCCGAACGCUGUGUAACGCGUGUGGCCUGCACUACGCCAAGUUGACUCGCAAAAUGGGCGCCAACAAGGCGGCAACCCUGGGAUCGAACUUGAAGCCCAAGUCGGUUCUUGACUCCGCCUCACCAACCAGUCAUUAA